AUGCAUUCCUCCCUGAACCGCGCGCAGGCCGUCUUCGGCUUCUUCACCUCCGUCGCGUUGUUCGUCGCCGGUGUCGCCGCCCUCUCCGUGCUGUUGUAUCCGGCCGACGACGCGAAAGCGCAGGUCGCUCUGAAGGAUGUGAAAGUAAUCAAAGGCCGUCCUAAUUACUACUCUCCCAAGAAGGAGGAAUACGCCCAGAUGCGAUUCGAUCUGGACGCUGACCUCUCCCCCCUCUUCAACUGGAACACAAAACAACUCUUCGUCUACGUCUACGCCUCCUACUCCUCCUCGAACCCCUCAACCAGCCACCUCCCCAACUCCGAGUCCAUCAUCUGGGACACGAUCAUCCCCGCCCCUGAAUCCCCCUACUCGUUCUCCGCCCUGCAAGCCCGUUUCUUCCCCUCCUCGAGCUCGCGCACCACGAACCAGAAGCGCACCGGCAACAAGAGCAAAUCCUCCACCAAGACCAAACCCCCGGGCCAUAUCCGUCUCCGUGAUCAGCGCUCCAAGUACCAGAUCGGAGAUAUCACGGGCCGGAUGGCGGAGAGGGGCAACGUGACGUUGAACGUGGGGUGGAAUGUGCAGCCUUGGGUGGGCGCGUUGUGGUGGAGUCCGAGAUCCGGGGCGGUGCCGAGGACAGAAGGGGAUGCUGGGAUCAGCAAGGCGUUUGAUUUGCCGGCGUUGAAGAAGAAGGCGACGGCUGGUGCGGCGGGUGGUGCGUCUGGUGCUGGGGCUGGGACUGCUGGUGCUGGGAAGAAGGCGGCGUCUGUUUAG